UGAACCCCUCAGAAGGACAUCAGCCCUCAGAAUGAAGCUGAUCAGCAGCUCCCUGACUCUUCUAGUCUUUAUAAAUGCUGUGUUUUCAGCAGCUAUGAGAGAUGGGGGUGAAGAUUUGAUACAUUUUCUUAAGGAUGCCUUUGAAAUGAAUCAGACUCUGGACCAAACUGAACCCACACAGCUCUCAGAAAUUAGCCUAGUACCUGAAAUGAUUCUGGAGGCUGUACAUCCAACAGAUCCAAGUGCAGAAUGUAAAGUUCCAGAAAUAGCUGACCUUUCCAAAACAACCCCAAAACCAAAUUCUGUUGAAGUUGCAGAUGUUUCUGAAGAGAGAUCUAUUGAGACCAGCAGCUCGGACAGCAGAUUACCUGAAAGAGCAUCAACUGAAGACAGCAGAGAGAGUGACAAGUACAAAAGAUUAGAGCUGAGAACAGCACUCGCAGAUGCUCACAAAGCAUUACAGGAGCAUUAUGGGAACUCAGCAGAGAGUAUGAGUAUGGACAGUACUGACAUUGAGAGAGACUGGACCCAGGGCUCAAAUCAACAAAGUAAUAAAGAAUCAGUGAUGAAGGAUGUUAGUAGUCAAGAAAAGGACAGACCCGAAGAAAAUGAAAGAUACCAGAAGAUGGUUAAAAAACAUCAUUUCGACAGUCCAGAAUUUGUGGACAGACCAGACAGUGAAGAACAAGGAAUAUCUCAGGAACAAAUCUCAGGGAUCGUAGCAAAACCAAACUUCCAGGCCACUCUGGACGACAGCAGGGAAGCGGCUGGUGGAAUCCCAGGAUGCACAGAAACAUCUGCUGAACAUCCCAUGGAAGAGAACAACAGUCUGGAUGACACUAAUGUGGAGCAGAUCCGAAAGGACACGCCGAGGUAUCAGAACCAGCUGAAGAAAAUAUGUCCCAGUAAGAGAGUACGAGCAUCUGUCAACCCGAGUGCACAGCUGGAUCUCCACAGUCCAGAGAGAGCCAACAGUGAACUUCUGGACAGUGACGACAGCGGUGAGAGGCUGAGAGAGCAUGUGGCGCUUCCUCUCUAGAGGAUCACUUACUUCUGUAGAACACAAGCUUGCUUUUUGAUUAUUAUGAUUAUUAGCGCGAUUUGGAUUGAUAUUAGGGGUGUAACGGAUCACAGUUG